CCGGAGAUUUUUCUCCCGGCAUUCCUCGCGGGUGUAGCGUGGGUUCCCUUCCCCCACUUCCGGGUCCCAGGAGAGGGAGACCUGGGGUCUUGAAGAGAGUUCUGAGGUUUAGCUUGUCCGUCCUGUGCGAAGAAUGACAGGACAGUGAAGCACUGGCCUGGGGGACAGGGUGUAGGGAGAUGUUGACGUUCAUCAGCAUCGCGGCCUGCUUUCCAGGGAGCCUUUUGGGUUGAAGCCAUUAUCAAUACUAGGAUUUAACUGGAGUCCUGUCACCAUUGCAACACGUUGAAACCUCGAAGUAGAGCCUUUUGUCACUGAGGCAGAGCUCUAAGAUAGUGUAUGUGCCUCUUAAGAUCAUCCAGGACUAGGGGGUCUCCGCUGACCAGCCGUACCCUUGAGCACACAGUGGUGAAUUCUUGGCAAACUUGUGUUGCAGGUAACAUGGCUCAGGGCUUGAUUGAAGUGGAGCGAAAGUUUGUUCCGGGGCCUGAUAUGGAGGAAAGGCUGCAGGAGUUGGGGGGCACUCUGGAGCGCCGGGUCACCUUCCGGGACACUUACUAUGAUACUUCUGAGCUAAGCCUUAUGCGGUCUGACCACUGGCUGCGACAACGACAAGGUAGUGGCUGGGAGCUCAAAUGUCCUGGAGUAGCAGGCAUCUCAGGACCCCACAAUGAGUAUGUGGAACUCACAUCGGAAUCUGCAAUUGUGGCCGAGCUCUUUGAACUGCUGGAGGCUGAGGAGCCAGAGAUUGCCGGUGUGGCUGCUGUCUUGGGUCCACUGAAGCUGCAGGAAGUAGCUAGUUUUAUAACUACACGAAGUUCCUGGAAGUUGGCCUUAUCUGAAGCCCAUGAACAGGAACCACUGCUCAGAGUGGAUCUGGAUUCGACAGACUUCGGCUAUGCUGUGGGUGAGGUAGAGGUCAUGGUGCGUGAGAAGGCUGAAGUACCAGCUGCCCUGGAGAAGAUCUUCAGCUUCAGUAGAAUGCUUGGAGUGCCAGCACAGGAGAAGGCACCUGCCAAGCUCUUGGUAUACCUACAGCGCUUCAGGCCUCUGGAUUAUCAGCGCCUGCUAGAAGCAAACAGUUCCAGUGAAGCCACAGGGGACUUAACAUCGUGACAGCAGUUUAUGGGCACAGGGCUCACUUUCUAGGAGGGAAGGGAGCUCUCUGAAGCUGCUAUCCGCACCUGGACCCACCGUGCCCCUUCCCUUACAACAGAGCCACUUUUGUCUCCAGUUCUGCCUGGUCUUUCACCCAUUCUCAGCUACUCUUCCUUGGGCCCUCCCUCACUGCUUCCCUCAUCCGUCAGAUGCAAUCUGUGGGCCGCCCCUCUCCCCUGGCCGCUAAGCAGCCUCCAUUGAUUUCCGCUCGUGUUUAUAGGAUUUCCACUUAGCCGUGAUCAGUAGUUAAGCACAGGAAAAUCCCUUGCCACCCCCCCUCCCGUGGUCGAUGCCAUUGAUUCUGCCAGCAGCUCUGAAGCCGCCUUACAGCUGAGUUAGAGAUGCGGGGAAGCAGCAGGGAUUUCCCUGCCUUGGGGUGUAGGGAAUAGCAACAAAGUGGGGAAAUGGUUGGGAACCUCUGUUAGAAAUCUGGAAAUUCUGCUGGGUCUGCCACUGUGCCCUGAGGGUAGAGCGCCCUGUGUACCAGUUUAGAGAUAAAUUUGCUCUCCAACCUAGAGAGGGGUAGAAAGAAAAUCAUCAUUGUUGAGACAGGUUCUGGGGUUUCAGGAAGUCUCCACUUCCUGUGGAGAAGGCUCUACCCUUGUGUGGACAUUUUCUUUCUCACUAGGUCAGAA